ACCACCAAUGCCACUUUUAUAAAGCCCAAGAACCAUGCUGUAUACCAAAAAACCACCCUCUACUAUCCGCCUAAUUCGAUCUAUCACAAAACGGCCCAACCCACCAUGCCAAACCUAGAACUCCUCUGGGCCACCGUCGUGGCAACCUACAAGCCCUCAACGAUAGAAUUCACAGGGACGCUGCUCAUCCAAAUCCUCACCUUCUGGCUUCCCUCCCUAGUCUACCUGGCCCUGCCCGCCCUCUUCCCCAACUGGUCAGAACGCCACAAGAUCCAACCGGCCCCAAAACAACCCACGAAGAAAGAAAUCCUCUACUGCUUCAAGAUCGUCCUCCGCAACCAACUCCUAACCACAACCCUCCUCCUCGUCCAACUCAAGCUCAGCAAAAGCUCCUCCUACACCAUCACGCCCACCUUCCCCUCCCUCCCUAUUCUGGCCCGCGACUUCAUCCUCAGCCUCCUCGCCCGCGAAGCCCUCUUCUACUACGCCCACCGCUUCCUCCACCGGCCCUUCUUCUACGUCCGCAUCCACAAACAGCACCACAAGUUCACCGCCCCCAUCGCCCUCGCCGCCCAGUUCGCUCACCCCCUCGAACAGAUCUUCGCCAACGCCCUGCCCAUCUCCCUGCCGCCGCAGCUGCUGCGCAGUCAUGUGUUGACCUUCUGGGUAUUCUUGGCGUAUGAGUUGUUUGUGACCGCCACUGUGCAUAGCGGGUUUGAUUUCUUCCACGGCAAGGCGAGAAUGCAUGAUUUGCAUCAUGAGAAGUUUAACUUGAAUUACGGGAGUUUGGGGUUGUUGGAUUGGGUGCAUGGCACGAAUCGGUUGGAGAAGAAGAAGGAUUGAUUAAUUCAUUUAUGUAUUCAUUGUCAGUGAUUGAGAUGGGGGAAGGUUGGGGGUUGUAUUAUGUACAUGUGUGGGUUGUGUGGUUUGGUUUUAUAGAUAUCUAUGUAUAUUUCGACUGUUUGUGCGGGUAUGUAUAUCGUGGAUGAUCGAGGUGAACCAUAUUUGUAUCGAGGAAGUGAUGAUGCUAUUCAUGAAAUCCCUGUGUGACGAGGAUAUAGCACUAGCAUGUUGGUGGCCGUUGAGCUUGAUAUGCAGAUUUGUUUGUGUCUUUUGGUACGUCGAGAAUGAUAUAUCAGCGCAAUCUGGAGAGCGAAGGGUUUCGACAUGAAUACGGCUGGGGAUAGAGCAUAUAUAGAAAGUCGUAGAGAAAAUGAAGACUGAAAAUAAAUAAAAUAAAUAUCGCAAACGCUUAAGCAUUCGGGUUUUGGAAGAACAUUGUAUAGAAAAAAGUAGUAUAAUAGAUAUCAAGACGAAAAAGAUCAUCCGGGCGGAGACUCGAGCUGGUUCUCAGCAUAUAUAGAGGUUCUAUCGCGUAUCUGAAUCGAGUUAUAAGAAUGAGUCUUCUCUGCUGUUGGGGAGAAGGCCUGGAAGUAGUGUUAGAUUAUUGAGUGUUAAAGUAAAAAGAGGAAUGAAUAUAAAUACUAUUAUGGAUAACAAAAGGAUUGC